UAGCUGGAACUUGAAGGGACUGCCCCUCCCAUUCCCAGACCCCAUGGCCCUGACCACAGCAGCGAGACGGCCCCCACUGAGGGAGGUGGCGGGGAUCCCCCUACCAGCCACCACCGUGGACAACUGGCACCAGAUCCAGGGCUUCGAGGCCCAGCCGGACGACCUGCUCAUCUGCACCUUCCCGAAGUCAGGGACCACGUGGAUUCAGGAAAUUGUGGACAUGAUCGAACAGAGCGGGGAUGUGGAGAAAUGUCAGCGGGAGGCCAUCCAGCACCGUCACCCCCUCCUCGAGCGGGCCCGGCCACCCCAGCCCUCCGGUGUGGAGAAGGCCAGAGCAGUGCCCCCUCCCCGUGUGCGGAGGACACACCUCCCCACCCAGCUGCUGCCUCCGUCCUGCUGGGAAAACAACUGCAAGCUCCUCUAUGUAGCUCGAAAUGCCAAGGACUGUAUGGUGUCCUACUACCACUUCCAAAGGAUGAACCAGACACUCCCCAGCCCGGGCACCUGGGAGCAGUACUUUGAAACCUUUAUCAGUGGAAAAGUGGGUUGGGGCUCCUGGUUCGAGCAUGUGAUAGGAUGGUGGGAGAUGAGAGACAGAUGCCAGAUCCUCUUUCUCUUCUACGAGGACAUCAAGAGGGACCCAAAGCAGGAAAUUCAGAAGGUGAUGCAGUUCAUGGGAAAGAACUUGGAUGAAGUCGUGCUGGACAGAAUCGUCCAGGAGACAACAUUUGAGAAGAUGAAGGCAAAUCCCAUGACAAACCGUUCUACGGCUCCCAAGGCCAUCCUGGACCAGUCCAUUUCCCCCUUCAUGAGAAAAGGAACCGUGGGGGAUUGGAAAAACCACUUCACUGUGGCUCAGAACGAGAGGUUUGAUGAAAUCUACAGGCAAAAGACGGAAGGAACCUCAAUCAACUUCCGCACGGAACUCUGAGCAAGAUGGAAGCAAAGAGGCGGCAACCAGGGUGCAGGCCCAUCCUCCAGCCCAACCCGAGAAUCUCGGGGAACACGUUGUACACCGUCUCUGUGACUACAUAUUAACAGUAGGUACCAACUUCAUCUCUAAAAUGGAUCAUGGCUAAUGCCCAUUUUCUCAACUGUUCUUUCCAAAUUAAGAAACAAGAUGGUCGGACUUCCUAGGUGGCGCAAUGGGUAAGAAUCCUCCUGCCAAUGCAGGGGACGCGGGUUCGAGCCCUGCCCCAGGAAGAUACCAUAUGCCGCGGAGCAACUAAACCUGUGCACCACAACUAUUGACCCUGUGCUCUAGAGCCCGUGAGCCACAACUACUGAGCCCAUGUGCCACAACUACUGAAGCCCAUGUGUCUAGAGCCCGUGCUCUGCAACCAGAAAGGCCACUGCAAUGAAAAGCCCAUGCACCACAAUGAAGAGUAGCCCCUGCUCGCCGCAACUGGAGAAAGCCUGUGUGCAGCAACAAAGACCCAA